AUGGAUUUGGGAAAUCACACCAGCGUCAAAGAGUUUGUAUUUCUGGGACUCACUCAGUCCCACGACCUGAGCUUGGUCUUAUUUCUGCUUUUGUGUUUUGUGUUUUUGAUAACUCUGCUGGGAAACCUCCUCAUCAUGGUGACAGUGACCUGUGACUCCCGCCUUCACACCCCGAUGUACUUCCUGCUCCGCAACCUCUCUGUCUUGGACAUCUGCUUCUCCUCCAUCACUGCACCCAAGGUCCUUGUAGACCUUCUUGCAAGGAAAAAGACCAUCUCCUUCCAAGGCUGCUUCACCCAGAUGUUCUUCUUCCACUUUCUUGGUGGCGCAGACAUUUUUUCUCUCUCAGUCAUGGCCUUUGACCGCUACGUGGCUAUUUUCAGGCCCCUGCACUAUGUGACCAUCAUGAGCAGGGGGCGCUGCACAGCCCUUAUUGCCGCUGCCUGGCUGGGAGGCUUUGUCCACUCCAUCGUGCAGAUCGCCCUCUUGCUCCCACUCCCCUUCUGUGGACCCAACGUUCUUGACACUUUCUACUGCGAUGUGCCACAGGUGCUCAAACUUGCCUGCGCUGACACCAUUGUCCUGGAGAUCCUCAUGAUUUCCAACAAUGGCCUGGUCACUACACUGUGGUUUAUCUUCCUGCUCAUGUCCUACAUGAUCAUUCUGAUGAUGCUGAGGUCACACACAGGUGAGGGCAGGAAGAAAGCCAUCUCCACUUGCACCUCUCACAUCACCGUAGUGACCCUGCACUUUGUGCCCUGUAUCUAUGUCUACGCCCGGCCCUUCACCACCCUCCCAGCGGAUAAACCCAUCCAUGUCAUCUUCACAGUCAUCUCCCCUCUGCUCAACCCCUUGAUCUACACCCUGCAGAACCAGGAGAUGAAGUCAGCCUUGCAGAGACUCAGGAAGAGACUUGGACCUUCUGAAAGGGAAUGA